GAUAUGCUCUGAAGGUGCUGAGCUCCCUCUCCCAGCCUUGAGAUGUUGGGCCAGACUGGGGGUCCUGAACCUCCCCACAGAUUCCACCUCCUUCCCCCUCCUCCUUGCCCCAAAACAUACCCAAUAUCACCACGUUUGUCCUGGUGUGUCAAACAAUGCCAAUAUUUAACUCUCAUAAAGGUGAACUGGCAGUUUUACCUAAAAGCCUGUUUGUUCGUGUUUGCUGUUUCUUGCUGAAAGGGGAUUUAAAGUUUUCCAGGUAGCCCUUGGAUUUUUACAGCUUCCCAUAAAGAAUCCAAAUCCAGGACAAAAAAAAUCGUCGAAUUAAUAACUCUUCCCAUGCUGUAGAGGUUUUUCCACGGUUCCAGUAUUUCUGUGCAAGGAUUCCCCAGCAUGUCUUCACUAACAGAGAAGGACAGACCAAUUGUUCAGCUCUUGCUCAACACUGGCACUUGCCCACGAUGUAUUUUGAGGUUCUGCUGUGUGGGAUCACAGACCCUUUACAGACAUCCAGACAAGGAUCUGAUGAAGGAUUUACGAGACUUCCUGAAAAAGAAUCAAGAAGAAGAAGAAGGCACAGUUUGUUUGGAGGUGGUUGACCCACCUUGUAAGAGGAUCAGACUGGAAGACACCGAAGAAGGUCCCGAGGAUCUGAACCACAACGGAGCCCUCCCGCAGAUUCCCUCGGAGAACGACGGGAAUGCUGCCAUGGAGAGCUCUGCUGGGAAGGUUUGCAACGUGUGUUUGGGAAUCCUUCAGGAGUUCUGCGAGGCUGACUUUGUUAAAAGGGUGUGCCAAAAAGUUAAUUCUGCUGACUACCAGUUCACUAGUUUUGUAUUUUCUGUGUCACUCCCCCCCCAGCUCUCUGUUAGGGAGAGAGCUGCUUGGCUGGGGGUGAAGCAGGAGAUGAGGAAUCUGGGCCUUUCCUUGGAAAAGGAUGACAUUGUUCAGCUGAAGGAAGCUUAUAAGUGGAUUAUCCACCCCCAGUUGGCGGAAGAGUUGGGUGUCCCUGCUGAUGGAAAGAGUUUGUUUGAAGUCAGCGUGGUCUUUGCUCACCCAGAGACAGACGAGGAGUGCCGUUUCCUAGCCACAGCCUGUCCAGACUGUUUCAAACCAGCAAAGAACAAACAGUCUGUUUUCACCAGAAUGGCAGUUAUAAAAGCCCUAGAGAAGAUAAAAGAAGAGGAUUUUCUCAAGCAUUUUCCAUGUCCCCCAAGUUCACCAAAGAACCUGUGUGAUGCUCUGGAAAUUCAGUGCAAUAAUGGUGCAGUUUUUGUGGCCGGAAGGUACAACAAAUAUUCCAGGAAUUUACCUCAGACCCCCUGGAUUAUUGAUGGGGAGAGGAAGCUGGAAUCUUCAGUGGAAGAAUUAAUUUCAGAGCAUCUCAUGGCUGAAUUCAAAGCAGACAGCUUUAAUUUUUCUUCCUCUGGAAGAGAAGAUGUGGAUGUGAGGACACUAGGAAAUGGAAGGCCCUUUGCAAUCGAGCUGGUGAAUCCUCGCAGGAUCCACUUCACCGCGGAGGAAAUGAAGAGGCUGCAGCAGGCAAUUAAUAACUCUUCAGACAAAAUCCAGGUUCGAGACCUGCAGCUCGUCACCAGAGAGGCAAUUGGUCGUAUGAAGGAAGGUGAGGAGGAGAAGACAAAGACCUAUAGUGCCUUAAUAUGGACGGACAAAGCAAUCCAGAGGGAAGACAUCGCGCUCCUGGAUGAUAUCAAGGAAUUAAAACUGGACCAGAAGACCCCUCUCCGUGUUCUGCACCGGCGGCCUCUGGCCGUGCGCUGCCGGAUCAUCCACACCAUGAGCUCCGAGUACAUCGACGAGCACCAUUUCCGCCUGCACCUCAAGACUCAGGCAGGGACCUACAUUAAAGAAUUUGUGCAUGGAGACUUUGGAAGAACAAAGCCCAAUAUUGGGUCCCUCCUGAACAGAACUGCUGACAUUCUGGAGCUGGAUGUGGAAUCUGUUGACGUCGACUGGCCCCCGACCCUGGAUAACUGACUUCCCAAGGGAUGAGGAAGCAGCAGCUCAUGACCAAACACUGUGCAGUGUUUCAGCCUGGGUGCAAAGGGUUUCCAUGGAACACUUGGAUCAUGUUGAUCUGCCAAAGGAUACCCUGACUUUGAAUCUACUUUGAACACUCUGGACCAGGUAGUGUUGGUUCAGUCUCUGGCCUUACUUUAAUUUCUUCCACGCAUAAAAAGAUUUUGGGAAGCCAGUGCAUUCCUGAUAAAUUAUAGUUAAAGAUAACCCUCCCUCAAGCCAGAUUUCUUUUGAAAUUCUUUUUAUAUUGGAUGCUACAGCUUUCCUUUUCUGGAUGCAGGUGGCACUGAGUUACCUGAAAUCCCAACUCUUUCUGAGCACUGUUCCUGCAGGAAAUCCCAAAAGCCAGGGAGACUGAAGCCAGCAGGACAGUGCUGGAGCAAGUCUCCUUGCUGGCUGCUUUUUGGUCAGGGUUAGUUUUAGAGAUGGGCAGAUUUAUCUCACAAAGGGCAAAAACAUUUUUCAGAGGAAACCUUUGCACUUAAAACCAAGUUUUUCUAAUUUAAAAACAUGGGCGACACUUCCUAGAAACAACAGCUGGGGCCUCGUGAGCUCUCCAGCCUGGCCACAGUCCUCUCCAGGAGCAGGAAUUCCCCAGUGAGUCACCACAUAUAAAAAGAUUGGGAACUCCUGGCAGUGGUGCAUGAUGGGGAUCUAAAGAAAAACAGGAAUACCAAAGAAUCUCAAAGUGCAGGCAGACACAAAACCUACCUGAGGAUGCUGGAAUCCAGAGACAGGGAUUAAAAAGCUUUGAUUUAGCAGCAUAACACAAUUUUUCUAACACCUCACCUUGGAUGGAUGCCUGGAAGACUUAAACCUGCCUGGGAUAGGGAAGAUCUGAGGUUUUUAAUUUGCUUAUUUUAAAUGUUUCCUACUUAGCACCACCUACAUCUUUAGGAAGAGUCACUUUUAUACCUGCAUCACGUUAAUCCAUUAGGGAAGAUGCUUCCCUGAAGUUCAGAAGAGAGUUAAACUAUCAGCAAGAAAUUAAGGUUUGGAAUUUAAGGGCUCUUCAUUAAUUAACAUUUUGGAAAUAAAGAGCAUAAUAUUUGCCAAGACCAACCACUGUUUGGGGACAGGGAGGAUGACUGGGAUGCCUUCCCUUUAAUUCAGUGGUGCCAGGACCUCAGACCAGAACAGCUGCAUGAGAACUUGAGCUGGAGGCUCUAAAACUAUUCAUAAAUACAUUUUUAAAGAGCUCCUAAAAAAAAAUCAUCUCGAAAAAUUCUGCACUGCCUGUGCUGUGCUUUCCUAGCCCUCUGCAACACAAGUAAUUCAGAAGCUCCUGUUUUUCUAACACAAAAAUAAUAGGAGCAUGAUUCAGACAGCAAUAUUAUUUUUGGUUUUAAUCUUAUAGCCAAUAUGAGCAACAGAUUCCAGGAGUAGUUCUCAGAUAAUAAGCUGUAGCCAGACAGGAAGUGUCAUGAAUGAUGGAAAACUAAAGAAACCGAAUUCAGAAAACAAAC